ACAUAAAACAUUAAAACCUUGUUCUAAUUGUUCAUAAUUCAUUCUAAAUUAAUCGUCAUUUAAUUACAUCAUUAACACCCAAGAUUUUGCCCAUUUUCGAAAACCUCCAAAUUCUCCGAUUCUCUUCUCCUUUCACACCACAACACGUCGAAUUCAGAGGAGAGAGAAAGUAAGAGAGAGACUCACAUGCACUCCUUUUCACCUCCAUUGAUGAACCUUCACUUCAAUGAAGAGGAGGUCUUCUCCCAUCGAAGAAGACGAUGAUGAUGAUGAUGACGCCAGCAGCAACGACAACGAUGAUGAUGACGCCAGCAAGGAAGCAAAGGUUUCGCCAUUGUUGUAUCUUCCGACAAAAUUUGAAGCUCGUGAUUACAGUCUCGAUUAUACUCUGCAUCUUCGGAUUCUGGAAAUUUCAGUCGCAAUUAAUUUCAUCUCCGCCCUCGAAAAUGACGCGUUUAUCUCGGCGCGUAGGCCCUAUAUCCUUUGUCGGUCCUCCGAAGAUCGCAUUCUUGUUCCUCACUCGCCGUCAUCUCCCUCUCGAUUUUCUAUGGGGAAGCUUCUUCGAGGAAGUUGAUGUGGCAAGUUAUUCGAUUUACAUUCACUCCGAGCCAGGUUUUGUGUUUGAUGAAUCAAACACCCGAUCGCCUAUGUUUUUUGGUCGGCAAUUAAGCAACAGCAUUCAGGUAGCGUGGGGCGAAUCGAGUAUGAUUGAAGCAGAGAGGUUAAUGCUUGAUGCAGCACUCGAGGACCCUGCCAAUCAGAGAUUUGUUCUUCUUUCAGAUAGCUGUGUCCCUUUGUAUAAUUUUAGCUACAUAUACAGUUAUGUUAUGCAAUCUCCUAAGAGUUUUGUAGACAGCUUUUUGGACAAAAAGGAAAAGGAAGGUCAAGGUCGCUUUAACCCAAAGAUGUCACCGGGUAUAACGGAGGACAAAUGGCGAAAAGGGUCACAGUGGUUCACUUUGAUACGGAGACAUGCUGAAGUUGUGGUUGAUGAUGGUCUUGUCUUUCCUCUCUUCAAAAAGUAUUGUAAGCGACGUCCACCGGUUGAUGAUUCAAAGGGAAAGCUGAAUCUGAAACUUCAGAAGCAGCACAAUUGCAUUCCAGAUGAGCAUUAUCUGCAGACAUUACUUACUAUGUCGGGGCUUGAGAAAGAACUGGAACGUCGGACAUUGACCUAUACUCUAUGGAAUGACUCCCCCGCAAAUAUGGAAGGGAAAGGCUGGCAUCCUUUCACGUUCAGUCGUUCGGCUGCAAAUCCCCAACGUAUUAAAGAAAUAAAGGAUAUCAACAAUGUAUAUUACGCAACAGAGUAUAGAACAGAGUGGUGCCGAACUAAUUCUACAGCCGUUCCUUGCUUUCUAUUUGCUAGGAAAUUCUCGCAAGGAGCUGCUAUGCGGCUUUUAAGUGAAAGGCUGUGGACAGAAUGAUGAUACCUGACCAUACUCAUACGAUUAUGUAGAGAAGUUUAUUUAGAGGGCAUACUGUAGUGACCCAACUAUUGGGAUAACUAAUACAAAGAAGCUGGACAAGGGAUUAUUAGGUUGUAGAUUAUUGUUUUCUUAUUGAUUUAAUUUUGUUUUCCAAAAUAAUAAAUAGAUUAAUCUUAGUUGAAUAGUUGAAUAAUGUACAAAGUUUACAAGGAUUUAUAAGUUUUUUGUUAUGAAAUCUCUACAUGAAAGUUUGGUGUU